UGAAAAAACAGAAGCAUAUUUACACUACAUUUAUUUCACUUAGAGCCACUGCCUCUUAAAUACAGCAAGUAAGACAGAACCCUCAGAGUCAGCAUCUUUAUCCUGCAAUACAUUUAACUUUGUAGUUACCAGAGAUGACUUUCUGAGGAGUAGAGCAGAGCCAGCUGUAUACGUUAUAAAGGAAACCGUUCCAUUCAUAUUCAUAGUCUGUUCUCUCUUUCUACAUGUCAGCCCAGAUAAAGGUCCUGGUGAAAAAUAUAUCAUGCACACAGAGAAAAUGGUGGACUUUCUCUGACUCUCUUCUGUAUUUUCCUUCCAAUCCUGUCUGUUUUUCAUUUCCAAGCUGCUUCUGACAAAGCGCAGGGGAAAUGUACAUCACUGUUCUUUCAUGAACAGACUGAGAGGGUGGAGAAUUCCUUUGACAGCAGCAGAACAUCAAUGCACAGGGUCCCAGACAUGCUGGAAAAAACAUCUAUAUGCAGGACCCAUCGCACUAUGGUGGAGAAAAGCUACCCCUUGUCCUAUCUGUGGCUGGCACUGUGUGGGGGCCACCAAAGUGUCAACAGUUUAGCAAACAGUGGUCAUCUUUGUCAUAUUACUGUACCACUGGAUUUAAUCAUACACAUAUUUUGCCAGAACAAGCUGAUUAAGUUGUUUGUCAGUGCUAUGCAUGAUUUUAUGAGAAAUAUCCUGGUAGCAACAGCAUGACACAGGCAGGUGAAGCUGCCAGCUCUCACAGCUUAACCAUUUGGAUGAAGGUGAGUUCAUGAGUUGACUGAAAAAUAAGAACAAAUGGAAGCUGGUUGGAUGGUUUAAAGAAAGCAUCAUGCUUAAGGAAACAAAUACACAAUCAGAGGUAAGCUGUUGUGGUGCAGACUGGUUAAAACAGUAGCACACUUUCUAAUGUUCACUGUUUUUGGUACAUAUUUAUUUUAAGCAGGUAAUAUGUGAACGUUCUAAGUCCUGGCUUUGGCCUCUGAUUCACAUCUAUUAAAUAAAAAAAUGGUCUGAAUGAUAAAUGUCCUGUUUUUUAGCAAGAAAAUACAUUUUGAAUAAAGCAAAUGUUUUUCAGUUUGUGUAUGUGCAUGUUUAGAGUUGUGCAAAAUUAUACAACUUUUAGUCAUGUGAUAAAAAUGUCUACCAGUGUUAAAAUGGACCAUCUGCCCUUGCUUUUACAUGCAAACUAUUGUACCCAUUUGUACAAAAGCAAAGUGAAGGAGGCUGUGUGAAGACAAAAAACAUCUGAGAGAAAUUUAAAAACCAAACCAUACACUGUCCCUAUAUGAGUAUUAGAUUUUGUUGGGUGCAACUCUCUGAUUCCACCACAGGAAUGGGGGUUUCUGACAUUUGAUCCAACAAACACCUUAUUCAAAACAUACUGAGGCCUGAAGAACAUUAAGUAUGAGACAUUUUUAUCUAACGCUUCACCAAAUGUUUCUGUUCAUGUCAUAAAUAGAAAGUGUGCAGACAGAGACUCAGAUGGGGGUUGCCAGGACUGUUUGAAGUAAGGAAAGGGGUCACUAAGUGUUUUAUCUGGGGGACAGAUGAUUUGAUGCUAGCAGACCUUUCAAGGGUCUUUUUUAAAAAACACAGAUAAGAGGAUUGGCAAGUGACUGGAAAGGAGCAGACUGAAUCUCACCAGAGGGUAGGUUGGACUCUGGGCAGCAUUAUUUUCACCUGUCUAAACCUUAUUCUCUCAUUAUUCUUGGUCAGUCAUGUAUCCCAAUGCAAGCUCUUUUAUUGCUUUUUCGUGUAACAGUGUCCAAGUGUAGUCCAGAAUGAGAGUGAGUGAUGCUCUUCUGGAAUGUAAAAUAUACCUCUCCAUUAAAGGAAGAACCCAUUAGCUUUCAGAGAGUAAUCAGCGAAGAAUGCGCUAUCAGUUGGCACUAUCAGCAGGUCCUCCAGUAGAGGAAGGGUGAUGUCUCUUGGUUUUAAAAUGGAUCCUAAAGACAAGAGAGAAAUGAGUGUGCCAAGCAACUCAUGUCAAGUGGACAUCCUUAUCUAUUGAAGAUGGGAUGGCUCUCUCUGGCCAUGGUUCCACUGCUUUCAAGGCAGCCAGGCAGGGAGAGUCUAUUGCAGGCUUCAGCCAGGGAGGAUAGGUGUUUAGAAGAACCUUCUGACUAAGAGAUUUGAAGUAGUAGCUGCUAAAAUUGAGGAAAAAUUCAAGAACUCGGGUCUUCUUCUGUGUGGUGUGAGGUGCUGGCAAGUUUAUUGGGGCAGAGGUUCACGAGAAAGAGAGGUGGAUCAGUCCAGAGCAGACUGCUGUACUCCAGGCAGUUCGUCCCUCCUCGAGGCAGCCGGCAGCCACAGGCCAUCAUGACAGAGUGGACCCUGCUCAAACGUCUCCUGGAUGCUGUCCACCAGCACUCCACCAUGAUCGGUCGCCUGUGGCUCACUGUCAUGGUCAUCUUCCGGCUGCUUAUUGUAGCUGUGGCUACAGAAGAUGUGUACACUGAUGAGCAGGAGAUGUUUGUGUGCAACACGCUGCAGCCAGGAUGCUCCACCGUCUGCUACGAUGCAUUUGCACCCAUCUCGCAACCUCGCUUCUGGGUAUUCCACAUCAUCAGUGUCUCCACGCCAUCCCUCUGCUUCAUCAUCUACACAUGGCACAACUUGUCCAAGCAGCCCCACAACACCACCCAGAGGUUGGGGCAAGGACUGGGGGAUAUUUCUGGAGACGGAGGCCCAGAUGUGCAGCGAGAUGGUGGACAGGAGGCAUAUGAUCAGAGCUGUGACUCAGACAGUUGUUCCAUUCGCUCCCAUAAGCACCUAGGUCACAGCCUGGCAGAUGUGCUGGAGGGCAUCACGGCCCAGAACCUCCAGAGGGGAGAUCCCAGCAACACAGUGUCCUUGACCCAGGCACGACCUUACCCCUUGAGGAAGGGGAGUGCAGAGGGUCACGCGAUGCCCGGAGGGGUUCUGUCUAAAUGUUACAUCUUUCAUGUGUGUUUACGUGCUGUUCUGGAGUUGGGCUUUGUCCUGGCCCAGUGGAAGCUAUUUGGCUUCCAGGUGCCUGUCCAUUUUCUUUGCACCUCAGCCCCCUGCAGCCAGCCGGUGGACUGCUAUGUCUCCCGGCCUACAGAGAAGACCAUCUUCUUACUCUUCAUGUUUUGCGUGGGGGUUUUCUGUAUCCUUCUCAACCUGCUGGAGCUCAACCAUCUAGGCUGGAAAAAGAUUCGGCAGGUGGUGAGGCUGAGAGACAGCACAUCCUGGAGAGGUUGUCCAGGUAUGAGGAGGGGAUAUGAAACCUUCCUCCCAGACAGCCCUUCUUUCACAUCCACUGUAGGCUUUAGGCAUGUGACCAGCACCAGCUCCCUGCCCACCUUGGACCUGGUGGUGGGUCACCAGCCUGACUGGACUUGUGCUGUGAACUGUGACAAGAUGUGGGAGCCUCAGGGGGUCAGAGAAAGUAGACUGGAGCAAGGAAAGAAACAAGUCUGCCCACAAGGAGAGAGGGAGCCACUGAAGAGUAAGAGGGAAGUCAGAGCAUCCAAGCAGAGGAGUGCUGAGGUCUGGAUAUAGUCUACAACCAUGAAGCAUGUUGAUGCCUUUUUCCAAGAUCGCACUCUGGAAUACA